AGAGCCAUCUCUGCCCUGACAAGGACACCAACCAAUCCCUGAGCAGGACUCUUCUCCCUGGAGAAGCUCCGCCCCUAAGAAGCCCAGCUAAGCCCGUCUGCCUGUCCAGUCCUGGGCUCUGCUUUCCCGCCCUGGCAGGGGCAGCCGCGCCCCUGGGUGAAGAUCUUCGUUCACCUGUGCAGCGGAGCGGAACAGAAGAACCUUGCGGAGACACGCCCCUUAGGGGACUGAGCACAAGGACCUUGCGGAGACGCGCCCCUUAGGGGACUGAGCACAAGGACCUUGCGGAGACACCCCUUAGGGGACUGAGCACAAGGACCUUGCGGAGACACGCCCCUUAGGGGACUGAGCACAAGGACCUUGCGGAGACAUGCCCCUUAGGGGACUGAGCACAAGGACCUGCGGAGACACGCCCCUUAGGGGACUGAGCACAAGGACCUUGCGGAGACACGCCCCUUAGGGGACUGAGCACAAGGACCUUGCGGAGACACGCCCCUUAGGGGACUGAGCACAAGGACCUUGCGGAGACACCCCUUAGGGGGACUGAGCACAGGACCUUGCGGAGACACCCCUUAGGGGACUGAGCACAAGGACCUUGCGGAGACGCGCCCCUUAGGGGACUGAGCAGGAAAAGCAGCACUUUCCGCAGAGCCGAGGAGGUCCUCCAUUUCCGCAGACUGAAGCUGGGCUGGGCAGCCCCUCGGGUGGAGCAAAGCUCCGCGGGGAGCGGGAUUGCUGCAUGCUGUGGAGCCCGGUCCCUGGGCACCCGCGGCAGGUGUGAGCUGAGUCCAGGCCGUCGGGGUGCCUCUCCUCCAGAGCCGGAACACCCACUGCGUCCCCGGCACUCCACCCACUGAGCACCCAGCCCUCUACUGACGGACUCACAAGCAGUUGCCCUUCCUCUGUCAACUCACACCACUGGCCUGUCACUCUGAGGCCCCUGCGGGGCGGGACUUCCUGCGUCCGGAAACCUCUGACCUUUAACUAUGGAGUUUCCAGGAAUCUAUUAUCGAAAUCUGUGACGGGUGAGAGAGGUACUGAGCAGCUGGAGGAUUGAGCCCGGAAAGUACUGAGCCCUGGCAGUACUGUGCCCCAGGAUGACUGAAUCCACAGUGUACCGAGCCCCCGCAGGACUGAGUCCGGAGAGGACUGAGCCCCGACAGUAGUCAGCCCGGAGAGUACUCAGCCGCAGGAGGACUGAGUCUCGAGAGUACUGAGCCCCGGGAGGACCCAGCACCCAGUGACCCAGCAAGAAGGAAGGACCGUCGGCCACGCAAGACCAAGUGCGGAACACCGCCCACCCCCGCCCCCUCACGUGACCCCGCCCCAUCUACAUUCCCCGGCCUCCGCUCCCCCACCCCCGGCCACCGCAGCCGGAACCGGAUUCGGCCGGUUUCUGGGAGAAAUGCGCCAGGGGCCGGGGCCCGGCGGUGCCAUCAGCCGCCAGGGCGGAAGCUGACCUCUGACCAGGAGACUGAGGACGCGCGGCUCCGCCCACCUCGGGGUGAGUGACGGGACCAAGUGGUCUCGGGGGCGGGUGCUGGGCCGUGUCACGUGCUAAAAGCCCUGCCCGCUGAUGCACGGCCUCAUCAACCGAGCUAUAAGCACUCUGCCCGCUGAUGCACGGCCUCAUCAACCGAGCUAUAAGCACUCUGCCCGCUGAUGCACGGCCUCAUCAACCGAGCUAUAAGCACUCUGCCCGCUGAUGCACGGCCUCAUCAACCGAGCUAUAAGCACUCUGCCCGCUGAACUACGGCCUCAUCAACCGAGCUAUAAGCACUCUGCCCGCUGAACUACGGCCUCAUCAACCGAGCUAUAAGCACUCUGCCCGCUGAUGCACGGCCUCAUCAACCGAGCUAUAAGCACUCUGCCCGCUGAUCUACGGCCUCAUAAACCGAGCUAUAAGCACCCUGCCCGCUGAUCUACGGCCUCAUAAACCGAGCUAUAAGCACCCUGCCCGCUGAUCCACGGCCUCAUAAACCGAGCUAUAAGCACCCUGCCCGCUGAUCUACGGCCUCAUAAACCGAGCUAUAAGCACCCUGCCCGCUGAUCUACGGCCUCAUAAACCGAGCUAUAAGCACCCUGCCAACUCAUCCGCAGGCACCCUAUACUAAGCCGCAGCACUGAGCUGCAAACACAGUAUGUACUGAGCUUCAAGCACCCUAUGUACUGAGUUGCAGGCCCCUAUGUACUGAGCCACAAGCACCCUCCUGAAGCCCACCUUCCGACAGGCAUUAACGGAGGAGCAUAUGCAGAUGAGCUGUUAUCCCAGCGCGGUUGACAGCUGACGUCGCAAGCGCCCUCCGCGACCCCCGCGACCCCGGAGCCCCCAGGGGACGCCACGUGGGUUUGCCGCCGACCACGUGACCCGGGCGCCCCCGUCCCGCUGGACCUCCCCCCACCCCGGGCUUACCCGCGCUGUCUCCCCACGAGGUCCGCGGAAGCUGCAGCAGGAGGAUGACCGCGAGGGGCCAGGUCGGGACGCUCAAGGCGGCAGGUCGGACGGACACGGACAUGGGGACGCACGGACGGACGGACACCCGGUCGCGCGCGUCUGCCCCGACCCCCGGGGCUUCUUCUCAUUUGGGGAAGUCGCGGCGGCGGCGGGGGCGGCGGAAGCUGCGCUGACUGACGAGCUGAUGGGCGAUAACGGACUGACUAAUCGAUCGCCGCGGCGAUAACCGGAGCAUCAUGGGACCUCAUGGCGUCAUCACGUCGAAGCAGACGGGGAGCAAAGGAUUUUGGGAGGGAGACAAGCCACUGAAUCCCGAUGUCUCCAAGAACCCAAAUCGCCCUGUGGACGGAGCUGGACUGAGUGAUGACGUCGUCGGAAGUGUUCAUGCCCCCAACCCGGAGCAUGAUGGGACCUCAUGAUGUCACCAGGUGUCACUUCCGCUCUGUCCGUGAUUGACAGCAGGUGGUUGAUUGACAGGUGUUGGCUCCACGAUUUCCAGCACUGUGCCUUCUGGUCUGGAUUGUGCCACGUGAUGUGUCCUGUGUUGUGCACGUUUCCCAACCUGCAGAUGAGGAAGCUGGGAGGGAGUCGGGACAGACUGAAAGACAGGCAGACUUACGGAGGUCCCCUCGGGCCUCCCACCUCUCUCCCCACGGCUCAGGGCUGCUCACCCUCGAGCCUGGGCAGGGGCACCAGGAGUGGGCCAUCAUUGUGGGCAAUCCCCUGCCAUCCGUGUCGCCAUGCCUAUGCCGUGUGUGGCCUUACUGGGCCAGGCCCUACUGUGUGCAGCUCUGCUUCAGGCUUCCAACUCCAUGGCACAGGAGCUUCCAGCACUGACUCGCUGGGGAGCCUCGGUGCUGAACGUGACCUUUGACCCCGGGACCUGGACCCUGACCUGGAGCUGCGGAGGGCACGUCAUCGUGAAGUCAUGCACUGCAACUUACACCAAGAGGAACGGGAGACCGGGGCACCUGAAGAUACGGGACCCUGUGUGUCGCUGCCAAUUCAAAUCCCUGACCCUUCACCUUGGGGUCACGCUGGAGGUCAAUGCAACUGUUAAUCACAUGCCUGUGCUUGAGAAGCUGAGAUACGUCAACAGAGGUACAGAGGGGUCGGCAGCACAGAACCUCACAUGCUUCAUCCACGAUGCACGUGUAAUGACGUGUACCUGGGAGGUGGGGCCUGCGGCACCUAGGGACAUCCAGUACUUCCUGCACAUGCGGAACACCACGGGUCACAUGCUGAUGGCAUGCCCUACCUACCUGGGUGAUCAUGUGCACACGGGCUGCCGCAUGGAGGAUCUGACUCAGCUGCCCCAUCAUGUGCACAUAACUGUGACUGGAUCCAGCCGGAUGUGUGACAUCAUGUUCUAUGACAUCACGCUGAACACCAAGCUCAUAGAGCGUCUCAGCCCCCCGUGGAACAUCACCGUGGCCUGUAACUCCUCCCACUGCGUGGUCACAUGGUCCCAGCCACAGACGUGGAGUCACAUGAGUUUCUCGGACUUUCGGUAUGAGGUGGACAUCCAGAGACAGGUGUGCAUCUCCAGUGAGCAGGAAAACAGAUACGAGUUCCCGAGUCCCGAGCCCAGGCUGGGUCACGUGGUCAGCGUGCGUGCUGGGGACGUGCGCAGCGACCGCUGGAGCGCGUGGAGCCCUGGCGUGGCCUUCGGCUCUGAGGACCGGGGGGUCCCCAUGCUGCACGUGUACCUGACCGUUGUGACUGUGACCCUACUGUGCGCCCUGGGCCUCGGGCUGGCGUGGAAGAGGUUCGUCAGGAUCCAGAAACUUUUCCCCCCGAUCCCGGAAAUCAAGGACAAAAUCACUGAUGAUGACAGAGUCAACCCAGAGACCCUCAGGAAGGACUUACUGUUGCAGACCGAGGAGGCCAACUAGGCUGUGACGUCAACAGGAAGUUCUGCCCACACUGCAGGAGCACGUGGGCAGCUCCACCACACCCGGAAGUAGUUUCAAAUCUAAAGCUGUUUUUCUUUCUUGUUUUUUUUGUUUGUUUGUUUUUUUUAUUAAAUCAGAAAAUAACAUC